CCACCCCAGAAACUAACAAAAAACCACUUUCUACAAAUUAUGGCUGUUCCCGAUCUCAGACUGCUGUGCACGUCAAAUCUACUCCCUCAGCCCCGUUCUACACGGGACUGAAGGCUUCUGAAACUUCACUUGCGCUCUAUCGCAAACCGCUUCUCCUCCAGGCUCAGCCAUGGCUCCUUUGUGAUCCUCACUCCCAUCUCUUCUCUUCACCAACCGACCGAGCAACGUCCGCCUCCAUCGGAACAGCUCGAAAGUGUUCCCACGUGCUCUCUCACCGUCUGUUUCCCUCGUUUGCUUGCUUCCUACCUUAUCUCGAUCCAAAGUCAGAAGAAACAAGGCCUUUCCUUUCUUCAACUGGCCGCAGGCCUCCGAACCUGUUGUCUUUCCACCAUGGCUAAGAACCUAUCUAUGACAUCGCGCACCGGCAACGGCAAUCAACGUUACGGUCCCAAAGGUGAGAGAUUGGUUGCCGGUGUUGUGCCUCUCUCCCUGGAUAAGACUAAAGUCCUUCUCAUCCAAUCUACACAUCGCAACAGCUGGGUGCUUCCAAAAGGCGGCUGGGAACUAGACGAGGCUACGGCAUCCGCAGCUGCUCAGAGAGAAGCUUGGGAAGAAGCCGGAAUCAUAUGCAGGGUCGAGAAAGACCUAGGACAUAUCCCCGACACAAGACCAACGACUGCCGUCAGCAAAAAUGCCCCCAAAGCAAGCUAUCACUUUUUCGAAGCAGUUGUCACCGAAGAAAAGUCAAAUUGGCCUGAAAAACACAAGAGGUCUCGACAAUGGUACGCCUACGCUCAGGCCGUACAGCUUUUGCAGACACGCCCGGAGUUGCUGGAAGCCUUACGACGCAGCUCGAUGAAGAAAUAAAGCAUCCACGGAGCAACAGGGACUCAAAGGUCAAGGUCUAUUAUCUUUGCAUUGCUACUGUAUUCUGCUACGACCAGAGUUUGUCUUGCAGCGGCCGGCGCAUGUUGAUCGUGGAGCACUAGCUCAGUUAUCAAUAGACAUUUCACAAGGCAGUCGUCCCGUGGUCACUGUCCAAGAAUGAGAGACUGCCCGCCUUCUGGCUGUAGUCUCCUUGCAUCCUUCCCAUGAACUUCAUUCCAGGAGAUCUAUGGCGUAUAUGGACCAAUGACAUUCCCAUCAAGCACCACGAUAUUGAUGACCUGGGCAGUGUUUAUCUAACAAAACCAACGAAUACGUCUGCUUCCAUAUCAUCCAUUGUCAAUGUGCCAGCG